AUGACACGGAUCGUCCAUUUAUUACGAUGGGUCGGGAUACCAGGGAUCGGUGGAAUGAUUUGGAAGAUAUGGAGCUUUAUAGUUUUAUCACUCCUCUUGAUCAUUGAAGGUCAAGCUAUUUGGAAGGUCGUGAAGGCACUCGCUGGUUGGGCCAUUGAUUUGCAAGGACAUAGAAGCGUCACCGCGAGGCUCGGUGGAACCAUGUUUUACUCCGCUGCACUAUUGUGUCUGAUACAAUGUUGGUGGCUUUCACGAUCUUGGAGCGAGUUAUCCAAAUACUGGGCGUCAAUCGAAUGGACUCUAAACGUACAAUAUGUACCUCGAGAUGCAAAUAUAAAGAAAAGAAUGUACACAGUUGUCAUUGGUGUAUCUGCUUUGGCUAUUGUUGAACAUCUCGUGGCCAUGUCGAGUACGAUAGACUUCAGUUGUGAAAUAUCGACAUGCUUUCGAAAGUACGUCCUGAAGUCACAUGGAUUCAUGAUAUUGGAACAUGAAUAUUCAACAUGGAUUGGGCUGCCUGUAUUUUUAAUGAGCCUUAUCGCGACCGUGCAUUGGAAUCUGCGGGACUUGAUCAUCGUACUGACUAGCAUGGGCCUAUGUUCGAGGUAUCAAAGAUUGAAUCAAUGUGUUAAAACAGUUAUAACGAAAAAUAAUAAAAUUGAUAAACUCAACAAGGAUGCAGAAUUUUUAAGAAUGUAUUUAUGGCGGAAAAUACGAGAAGCGUACGUCAAACAAGCGAUGUUGGUACGGAAGGUUGAUAGUUCUCUGGGGUCCCUGAUACUACUGUCGGCGUUUUUCAAUUUUUAUUUUAUUUGCUUGCAGUUGUUUCUUCGCAUUACACCUGGUGGUUCAGCAUUCUCACUAAAUCAAAUAUAUCACACUGUAUCCUUAGCUUGGGUGUGUCUGCGUACUUGUUACACGGUUAUUGCUGCCGCUGAUGUCAAUAAAUGUUCAAAAAUGGCUCUACCAUAUUUAUACGAGUGCCAUACUCAGUAUUAUAAUAUUGAGAUAGAAAGGCUACAGAAACAGCUUACAAGGGAUUAUGUUGCGCUAACUGGAAUGGGUUUUUUCUAUUUAAAUCGAACUUUCGUAUUGCAGAUGGCGGGCGCUGUGGUGACAUAUGUAUUAGUUUUAAUUCAGUACGAUGAUUCAGAUCCAAUUUUACCAACGAAUUCCACUAACAUCACGUUUUUUACCUGA